AUUGAUGUAUUUCUUAAAUCUAAUGGGUUUUGCUUUUGGGUUUAUUCUUUACAGGUUUAAUGAGAGCUUCCCUUUCCACUUCCCUGAGGUCUCUCACUUGUUGCCUCCCUUUCCCUUCAUCCCUUACCUGCUCUAUCACAUAUUUUCCUUUGUCCCCUGCUUCACUUUUUGGAAUGCUUUCCCUGAGAAAGUCAUAUAUAACAGAAACUACUAUUGGAUUAGCAUCUAAAGUUAUCUAGUUUUUUUAGCUAAUCUUUUUCUCUCUAAUGUUUCUUCCUGAAUUUCUUACUGGUAUCUCCUGGGCUGUAUUUAUUUUCUACAUUCUGGCCCAGAAUAUAGCUUUUUGACUGAAAAAUUCUAGUUUUCUGUUGUACACAUGGACACAACUUUUUUAAAAUUUUUAAGCAGUAUUUGGUGUGUACCGAUGUUGGUAAAUAGAAUAGCUAAUAGGAUUGGGGAUUUAGCUCAGUGGUUCCGCUGUCUGCCUCACAAGCGCAAGGUCCCAAGUUUGAUCCCUGGUACCAAAGAAGAGCUAAUAGGCAAACUCCAGUUCAUGGUACAGGGUAACAGGAUGAGUAGUCUGAGUCAUUCAGUUUUAUCCCAUCUCUUUAAUCAAAGUUGAUCACACAUAGAACUCACUUCUUUUCUAACCCCUCCAUUUUGGUUAGUACAUCCCCUAUGUGUGAGAGUGAGACUGACUGUGGGAAUGUACGAUAAGAACACAUGGUUGGGCCAGGUAUUUAGCUCAGUGAUUCUGCUGCCUGCCUUGCAAGUGCAAGGUCCCAAGUUCGAUCCCCAGAACCAAAAAAAGAACACAUGGUGAUGGGCUGGGGAUGUAGCUCAGUGGCACUGCAGCUCCCUUGUAAGCUCAAGGUCCUGAGUUCGAUCUCUGGUAAGGGGGGUGGUGGAGAAAGAACACAUGGUGUCACUGGGUGUGGUGGUGGAUUCUUGUAAUCCCAACACUUGGGAGGCUGAGGCAGGAGGCCUGCCAUGAGUUUGAGGCCAGCCUGGGCUACAUAGUGAGUUCAAGGCCAGAAUAAACUCCAUAGCAAGACCCUGUCUCAAAACAACAUUAUUAUACUGAUUCCCUUUUACCUUGCAGAAUAUACAAUUCAAGGUAUUUUUUUAAGGGAGGUUCACUAAUCUUAGGUGACUGAUAGAUGUUAUAAGUGUAAACACUGCAAGAAGAGCGGAUAACAAAAUCUGAAGCAGUAAAAAAAUUUUUACAUUUACCAACCAGAAAACUUAGCUGAGUUGAAUGAAGGUUUUUCGUAAAAGGCAAUCUUGCAGAUCAUUUUUUGCAAUCAGGGAAAACUACUUGUUUCUUAACAUACGAACAUCUGUAAUGUUCUGUCUUAGGAAGGAGGUUCAGGAUUACAUGGGGAGAGGAAGGCAAUAAAUACCAUUGUUACUCUUCCUUAAAGACCUGUAUAGCAUACCCAAUGUACAAUUAACUUGCCAAAUUUAUCAUUAGGUAUAUUCUAAAGGCUUGGAUGAUUGUCUUUUCUUUGGUGUGGUGAAUUUUAGGCAUGAUGUCAGAGUAUCCAAAAUGAUGCUUCCCUUUUUGAGCAUCAGUUGCCCAUGUUUCAGUUACUUCAGGCUAAAUUCAUCUGGCCUUCAAAAUGAAAGCUAUAUCCAGACUUCUAGGAGCAUGCUUAAAGUCUGUAAAAACACUGGAGGAUGCCUCAGCUGUUGUAACUCAAAAAUGGGUCCUAUCUUGUAUAGUUCCUUGAAAACAGUAGCUCCUAAGAGGCCCCGCACUGUUGUCUUCAAAGAGUUUUGUUUGUAUAUUUCUAGGCUAACAGUAAAUUCUACAUUAACAUAUGAGUCAGGCUUGCCAACAAUUCAAAAGCCACAUGUAACUCGAAAUGAAAUUAUAUCUAGUGGUCUAUAGCCUGUCUCUCUAACACCCAUACUUGUGGAAACACUGUAAGAUUAGUUCUUACAAUAGUAGGUUUCAACCUUGAUUUCUACACUUCAUCUUAGCCAAAAGGCCAAGAAGCGAUCAACCUUGAUUCCUAAAGAUUUGCUAGCCUGCUUAUUAAAAGUGUUACUAGCCACUCAAAUACCUUUAGAGUUUUCCACAGUUACAAGUCUGCUUAAUGUAAAACAACAUGUGUCUUUCGCUGUUACAUUUUAUGACCAUUGAGAAUGCCUGACAAAUUUAUUUCUUGAAACACACAUAGGAAUUGCUUUUUUAAAAAGUUUAUGUUGCUAUUUUAUUUUAUUUUGUUUUUUUGAGACAGGGUCUUGCUAUGUAGUUCAGGUUAGCCUUAAACUAUGUAGCCCAGGCUGGCCUCAAACUUGCAGUGAUCCUCCUGUCAGCCUGCCGAGUGCUGGGAUUACAGGCAUGCACCACCAUGCCCAGCCUUGUUGCUUAUAUUUUAUAUAAGAAAGAACAAGUAGAAGUUGACUAGUAGGUACUGUUGAUCAAAGAAAUCAAAAGAUUUAGGUCAGAUGUUAUGUGUCAGUGCACAUGUGUAUUUAUCAAAAUGUGUUUGAAUUUGAGAAUUGGAAAAUUGGAUAUUUCAUUUUAAUUAUGUUUUGUUUUUGUUUUUUUUUUUGGUACUGGGGAUCAAACUCGGGACCUUGUGCUUGCGAGGCAGGCGCCAGAAGCACUGAGCUAAAUCCCCGGCCCUUAAUUAUGUAUUAUUUAAUUUAAAAAGUAGAGUGUUCUCCCAUUCUUAAUUUUUUUGUUCCAUUAAAUGACUUAAUCUAAUUUUUUCCCUACUUGUUUUGGUUAGGCACAGGGAAACACCUUAAAAUCUUUGAUGUUUUCCAAAAUAUAUAAUUUAAAGAUGUUUGCUCUUACAUAAGCCACAUUGCUAUACAUUUUUAAAUGGGUUUAUGAUGACAAUAUGAAUUUGUUUGCUAGAUGUUAAUGAAAUAUUUCAGUAUUUGGACCAGGAAUUAAAUACUAUUAGUUGAAGACAGAUAAUGAUGUAUCUGAGAUCUUAUGGUACCAUAUGAUUUUUUUCUGAAUUAGGGCAUUUCUCUAUUUUCAGGUAUUAUCAUAGUCUACCCUGUAUUUUUAAAGUUUUAUGCUGUAAAUAAUAUAAAAUUAUUUUUAUAUAAGAUAAAAGAUGUAGACUCUUAUUUUAGUUAAUCUUAGAAUGCACAGGAGAAUGAAUAAAUGGGAAGGGAAUUGGUAGACAGGGCUUUUUUCUUUACAAUUUAUAAUGCUGGGUCGGGGAUUUAGCUCAGUGGUUCCACUGCCUGCCCUGCAAGUGCAAGGACCUGAGUUUGAUCCCCGGUACCAAAAAAAAAAUGUAUAAUGCUAAGCACAACCAAGGAAAUUAACAUCAAAAACCAAAUCCAAGGACUUCCAGACAAUAUGGUUCAAUUUUAGUUAUAAAAAUGAAAUUUUUAGAGUUUUUGUGUAGCCCCCCCCCCUUUUUUGUACCAGGGAUCGAACUCCAGACCUUGUGCUUGUGAGGCUGGCGGUGGAACCAACGAGUUAAAUACCCAGUCCCUGUAGCACAUUUUUAUUUUCUUGAUGAAAUAGUAACUAGGAAACUGAUUAAUCAGUUUGUUUUCAUCCCACAUUUUAUUACAUUGAAAGAGUUGAGAACUGAAUUUUGAUUCCUUAUAUAUUUCCACACUGAACAUAAUUUCAUUUAACACUUAUGUCUGUGCCUUAAGAAAAGGAUUUUUAGAGAAGAAUUUUAUUUAUAGGCAGAUAUAAGAUGUCUACACUCAUGAGCAAAGGAUAAUGGGGACAUCCAAAGGCUAUCUACAUAGAGUAUUUCUUAAAGGGAAAAAAGUCAGGGACAAAGUAGGGUUGAACCAAGGACAGUACCCUGAAUACUGUACAAAGGGGAAAAAUAAAAGCAGUGGCCAACAGAGAACUCUGCUUUCCUCAGAGAUCCCUAGAGAAUUCUUAUUCUACUCCCCUGGCCUCCCUUCAGAAUGUUGGGUUUCGAAGAAUGACCAGAUUAAGAAAUAUCAGGAGUUCUGUGGCCUGGGGAGAAUAAAUGAUAAUUUAUGUGCAUUAAACUACUGGCUGAAUCACUACAGGUCUUCUCUUUCGUUCAUUUCUCCAUGAUCAUCGAAGUAAUUUACCAAGGAACACUAAAAUUGUUGCUGUUGAAAUUGCUGUAUUACCAAAGGUAAGGAAGGAGAUAGGCAAGAAUAGAAACAGCCUGAAGGGCCUAAGACUCAUGGUUGGAAAGGAACCACCCCUGAGGAAACCAGCACAGAUCUGGAGAUAACAUACCUGAGUCUGAACUUGUCAGAGAGCAGCUGCUGACAGGCAUAGACCUGCAUCAUCAACUGAUUUAUUUGGACCACAUCGGUGGCAGCAUCGCUGAGAGACUCUACCAUCAUCCUACCUUGUUUAUACAAAAAGCAAGUAGCCUUGGAGGAAGUUAAGAUGAAGUUAAGAUAAAGUUUGAGAUUUGGGACCCCAAAAUGUGGAACUGGAGGAUAAGAUCAGUACUAAGACGUUCAUAUUUUGUCCUAGGGUUUUUCAGGCUAUUGGUAAUAUUUCUGCCCAGCAUGUACUGCAUAGGACCAGUACAAUACUCUUCCUAUGAAAUAGUGAUCCCCAAGAGUCUGACAGUCAAGGGAAGCGAAGAGCCAGUGGAAAAGACAUCUUAUAUGCUGCUUAUGCAAGGCCAGGAGCAGCUGGUUCACCUGAAGGUGAGGAGAGACUAUUUUGUGAAUGACUUUCCAGUCUACAGUUACCACAGUGGCAUCCUGGGGCAAGAAAUUCCUUCCAUCUCACAUGACUGUCACUGUGAAGGCUACAUAGAAGGAGUGGCGGGUUCUUUCGUUUCUGUCAACACCUGUUCAGGUCUCAGGGGCAUCCUGAUUAAGGAGAAAACAUCCUAUGGCAUUGAGCCCACACUCUCUUCCAAACGGUUUGAACACGCGUUAUACACCAUGGCACAGCAAGCUCCGGUCCCCUGUAGUGUCUCUCCCAGAGACAGCCAAGCGGUGUCCGCCAGCCAGCAGCAAGAGGGCAGGAAGCCUCACGAUCUACAGGCACUGUCCUACUUGUGGUCACACACCAAGUACGUGGAGAUGUUUGUUGUGGUCAACAGCCAGCGGUUCCAGAUGUGGCGCAGUGACGUCAAUGAGACAGUGCAGAGAGUAGUGGAUGUCAUUGCUCUGGCCAACAUCUUUACUCGAGGAAUAAACACAGAGGUGGUGCUGGCUGGGAUGGAGAUUUGGACGGAGGGGGACCUGAUAGAGGUCCCGGGGGACCUGAUAGAGGUCCCGGGGGACCUGCAAGUUACACUCAGGAAUUUCAAUAGCUGGAGACAAGAGGAGCUCUUCCCUCGUGAGAGGCAUGAUGUUGCCCACAUGAUCGUUGGGCAUCAUCCUGGAGAGACCUCGGGCCAGGCAUUUCUCAAUGGAGCCUGUUCAAGUGGUUUUGCGGCGGCUGUCGAAGCUUUCCAACAUGAAGAUGCCCUCCUGUCUGCAGCACUCAUGGUCCACCAGCUUGGGCACAACCUAGGUAUUCAGCACGACCACUCAGCCUGCGUUUGUAAAGAUAAGCACUUUUGCCUCAUGCAUGAAAAUAUCACUAAAGAAAGUGGCUUCAGUAACUGCAGCUCUGACUACUUCUACCAUUUCCUUCAUGAACACAAAGGGGCCUGCCUAUUUAACAAGCCACGGCACAAAGGCCGCAGGCGCAGGGAUGCCAGUUGUGGAAAUGGUGAGGUGGAGGACCCGGAGGAGUGUGACUGUGGUUCUGCUUGUCACAGUGACCCAUGCUGUGAACCAACAUGCAAACUGAAGGAGCAUGCACGGUGUAGUCGGACCUGUUGUGAUAAGUGUAAUUUCAUAAAGGAGGGGGUUGUAUGUAGUUUUGCUCACCAUGAGUGUGACCUCUCAGAAUACUGUGAUGGUAUUUCUGCAGAAUGUCCCGCACACAGUUACAAACAAGAUGGCACACUGUGUGACAGAAUUUACUAUUGCUUUGAGGGUCAGUGUAGGUACCCUGACAGGCAGUGUCUAAAUCUAUAUGGGUAUCCUGCAAGAUCUGCCCCAGAAGCCUGUUACAUGUCAAUGAACAGCAAAGGGAGCUGGUUUGGAAACUGUGGCCGAGCCACUACGGCUAAUGCAGCAUAUAUUAAGUGUAGCAGUGAUGAUAUAUUUUGUGGAAAAGUUUUAUGUACAGAUGUUCCAGCCCUGCCACUAAUGAUGUCGCAUUAUACGGUGAUCCAGGUUGCUCAUGGAGACGACUGGUACUGGAGCAUGGAUGCCUAUAACACUACUGGUGAUGAUGUGGAACAUGGCAGUUACUGUGCCCCAAACAAAUUUUGCAGUGGUUACGUCUGCACUGAAUAUUCUGUGCUCCACCAUGACUGCGAUUCAGAGUUACUGUGUCAUGGGAAUGGAGUGUGCAACAAUUUAAGACACUGCCAUUGUAAUGAUGGCUUUGCACCCCCUGACUAUAGAUAUCCAGGAUAUGGGGGUAGUGUGGACAGUGGUCCUAUUGUUAAGGUACCUGAAAUACUUUUAAGUACCAAUAGCCCUUAUUUUACUAUUAAGGCUCGAAAUAUGAAUUUCAAAGUGAUAAUAUUCAUAAUCCCUACAUUUCUUUUCAUUUUACUGUGUUCUCCACUUGCAAUUGCUUACCUCUGGUCUGAAAUAGAGGAGUUGGUGACAUCAGAGAAGUCAGAGGAAUCAGAAGAUUCUUCAGAAAUCCCAUCAGAGGUGUCAACUGAGGGUGCCCUGCCACCCUUGUCUGCCCCGCCACCAGAGGCUGCACCACCACCCGAGGCUGCACCACCACCGGAGGCUGCCCCGCCACCCGAGGCUGCACCACCACCCAAGGCUGCACCGCCACCCGAGGCGGAACCUCCACCCCAGGAAGCCCCUCCACCCGAGGUGGCACCACCACCCACAUAGGCUCUGCCACUCAAAGCCCCAGAAAAGCCUGCACCAAAAGAGGAAGCAAGUGAAGGGCACGAAAACCCAGAGUCACAAUUUUAAUGGAGGAUGAAGCCAAAUACAUUAAAGCACCUUAGAGAACCAAAUGUGAAGUAACAAUUUACAUCUGCAGUGGCUUUGACUGGACUGUAUCAUACUGAUGUGGGGGAAGAAUUUAUUCUACUUUUAAUAUAUGUUGAAAUAUAUAUAACAAUAUAAAUUGGUUAAUUUUCAUAUAUGAAAUCAUAAAAUAUUGUAUAUUGUUGCUUUUUUACUUUUCAUGAAACAAUUUUAUUAAGCUAUUUUUAUGAAUCACUGCUAUCUGUUUUGUAUCAAUUUUGAGUCACCUGAAACUGAUCUUCAGAGUAUGCCAUCUUCUUGGGCCAGGGAUUUAGCUCAGUGGCACUGGGCCUGCCUCACAGCACAAAGUCCUGAGUUUGAUCCCCGGUACCAAAAAAAGGUAUGCCAUCUUCCAUCUGCAUUGUCUGACAUAAUGUAUUAUCUGUACCUACACUGCUAUACCUGAGUUACCCCAGUUAUAACUACAGUUUUGUUACCAGUGUUACCCCUGUUUUAUAUGCACUGUUUUGCUCUGUCAGUUUCUGUUCAUGAAAUAAUCAGUACUUUUCAAACAAUUAAAAGGCUUUCUGCAGAUGAGGCAACAUUCCAGACUACAAGCAGCCUAGUCCUUGAGGCUCCUUUGUUUUGAGGUUCUCUGUAAGGGGUUAGAUCUGAUCUAUGGACAUCUAACAUACCCAGUCUUGAGUGCCUGGGGAAGGGCAGCUAACCUAGGCAAGGAACUCCUGGCACAAUGCUGAGUUCAUGUUUGAAGUAUUCAUUUGAUUUUCUCUUGGUUUAUUUCUAUUGAAUUUGAUAUUUUGUAUACUUAUAAAUAUUGAUAGAAACAUCUCUAUAUUUAACAGAACUUUGAGGUAGUGGUUACUUCUCUGUAAAGCAAGCACAGAGCAAGUAUAAUAUUACUUUUUCUGUGCCAAGGACUACGUUAAAUAUUUUACAUUUAAAGUCUUAAUCUUCCCCAGUUCUUUGUGAAAAUUCCAUCAUGUAUAUGAGAAAAGACAGGCCAAAGAGCCAGCUGGGCAUGGUGGCAUAUACCUGUGAUCUCAGCACUCAGGAGGCUGAGGUAGAAGGA